AAUUUCGUUUCACUGCCUGCUACCUAUGGCGGGGAUACAGCGCAGCCCACCCCUCCUCCACCCCCAUAUGCCCACCACGUUGCUCUAGCAUAUGGGCCUCGCCACCACCACCUCGCAAACCUCGCCCAGUCAGUCCCGUUGACGCCCAGUGGACGUUCCAUGUCACCAACCUCGCGACGAUUCACCCUUCUGCCCACUCUUAGCCAUCGAGUGCAUUAUCGGCGGACUGAUUGUAAUCACGCUUGGUCUUCGGAACCUGACGACCCCAACUCAACUCUCAGGACCCGCAUGAAUCCAAAUGGCAAACGCACCGUCCACCCAACCACGGGCUCUAUUCCAGUUGAGCGAGAGCGCAUCCGGGGUCCUAGCCGAACUCGUAGGUUGGCCUUGAACGAUUGCCUCAUUUGGAAACCACAAACACCUCUCGCCUGCCUAUCCGCCAUCUUAUACCGCAUUCAAAUCAAGGAUAAUAACUCUUUCUUCCCAACUCAUUUGCAAACUAUUUCGACGUGGCUUAACGAAAACGACGGAAAAAUAUAUCCAAUAAAUUUUUAUACAAUAAUUUGGCCGUGGGCUAGCAAUGAGGUUCUGGCGUGCCUCACACCUCUCUUGAAUCCAAACUCUACGGUUUCUGAUCGGGAUCUUACCUUGUACGGUUUGCCAGCCCACGUUGUUUUCAUUUCACUUGGUUGCGGGGAGAGCAAGAGUGCGACUAGUGCUAGCGUGGCAUGUCCCCCCUCACCCCCCUCUCCCAUUCCCAAUCGUGCCUAG